AUGAACGGAGGACAACAGAACCAAAGCGGAUAUUCUUCCGGGUUUUAUGGAACAAGCCCACUCCAGAGACAGUCGCAAGGGAUGUACCAAGAACCAUAUGGAGGGUCUAACAACGGGUACCAGAUGCACCAGCAUCACGGCGGAUUUGGCAGCCAGAUCCCAGAUAACUCACCUAUUCGAAUUCUUCCAAAUGUACCAAAUACUUCAAUAGAGCCGUUUUCUAUACGAACAAAAAUAGACAAUAAUAUAUCAAUUAGCAGUUGCUGUAUAACUACACUGGAUGCGUACAGUCCAUACACGCUAGAAGAGCUUAGGUGUGCAGACUAUGCAAAGGGAAGAAAAGGGACAAUUAUGCCCCGAACAGGAUUUCACAGUGCGUAUGGUGGGUCUAGCACCUACAUGCAGAAGCCAUCCGAUAUGAUGGGAUCACAGAGCAUGUUUGGGCAGCCUAAGCCAGCAAGCUCUCCUGGAUUUGGAUCUUUAUCGCAGCCAGGAUAUUCAAUGCAGCCAAGAAUGGGGGGGUCUAGUAUGUUUUCUCCAACAACGCAGCCACAGAGCACAUCAACUUCGAGCUUAUUUGGGCAGCCAGCAAAUACCGGAAACACCACAUUUGGCCAGGCUGGAAAUACUUCUUUUAUGGGGCAGUCUUCAAACAGCUCAUUUCAGCAGCCGCAGAGCUCAUCAGGGCUUGGCGGGUUUAGAAGCUUUGGCCAGAGUUCAACUGGAAUUCCCAUGCAGCAGCAAAACACAUUCUCGUCUGGGCUGGGCACACAGCAGAACAAUGCAAUGUCAAACAGCUUUUCAAACAACAGUAUGCUUGGGUCAAGCCAGCAGAUGAACCAGAAUCAGCAGUCCCCUAUGCCAGGGCAGCAGCAAUCACUAUUUGGUGGUCUUAGUGCAGGAGGAAUGGGCAACAACACAUCUUCAAACCAGACUAAUACAGGACUUCUUGGGCAAAGCACUCCAUCCGCCGGGACAGGCGCGUUUUCAAUGGGGGGCAUGGGAGGAGCAUCCUCAAACACAAGCCUAUUUGGGCAAAGCACUCCAUCACAGAACACACUAGGAGGCGGACUAUCUUCACAGCCAUCUGCGUUUUCAUCGUUAGGGGCAUCUAGCAGUGGUCUAGGGGCUGGAGCAGCGACUGGUUCUACCACUAAUAAUGCAUGGGGAAAUACAAGCUCUCUUACAUCAGGCUUGAAUACAGCACCUAGCACUGGUCUAUUGGGAGGAAGUUCAUUAGGAGCACAAGCAAGCACUUCUGGUGGGUUAGGAUCUUUUUCAUUAGGGCAAAGUACUACUACAACGGCAGGGACAGGGACCACUGGAACAGGUCUUUUUGGAGGGCUUGGGGGCAGCAAGCCUGAGAACCAGACAACUUCCUCUCCUUUCUCUCUGGGAACAUCCUCUAUACUGGAUAGCAAGCCUGCGUUUGGUAGCACUCUAGGAGGUGGUCUAACCAACAAGCCCCUUGAAAGCAGCUCACUUGACAACAAGCUGUCCGGAUUUUCAUCUUCAUUUGGUGCAGGAAGCACUUCUCUCCUGGGCGGUCCUAGCGGAGGUCUAGCACAGGCGCAGAGCACAAGUUCUUUUGGAGCAGGCAGUGCAUUUGGAGGCAGUGUUUUAGGAGGAAGCAAACCGCCAGCCCAGGCAAGUGCAGCAGAGGACCCGUAUCUUAUAAAAUCAUUAAGCUUUAAGGAGUGCGAAGACUAUAAGAAGAAGUCUGUUAUGGAGAUUCCUAUGCCACUUUUUAAGAAGGCACCUGUGACCAAGAUUAAGUUCAAGCCUUCAAUAAGCUUUAAGCAAUAUGUAUCUACAUCUGCGGAAGGAAUAAAGAAAAAUGCAGAAAAGAAAAAGUUAACAAGAGACACGCUUAAUCAGAUAGAAGAGAAUGAGUAUUACACAAUUCCCUCCAUAAGCCAGAUAAAGAAAAUGCCAAUCAAGAAAAUAUCCGGGUUUAUAGUGGGACGAAAGGGGCAUGGCCAUCUUGAGUUUCAGGAAGAAGUAGAUUUAACUAAUGUAAAUCUUGACACGGUGCCAAGAAUUGUGACACUAGACAAUGGAUAUGUGUUUUUCAGCAAAAACAAGGAUAAUAUUAGGCCGGGGCAUGGAAUAAAUAAAGCAGUCAAAAUAUAUGUGGAGAACCCAACUAUAUACAGCCACAGCACCGGGCGGCUGAUGCCUCUCUCAAAGUCAGAUCCUCUUUUCGCAAUUAUGAAAGCCAGAGUGAUGUCAAGUGUUUCAAAAGAUGGGAACAUACACGAUGUUGAAAUUGAUCUAGAAAAAGGCGUGGCGAUUCUUAUAUGCAACUCUCUGUGGGCAUAACCUAAACUUCAUA